CUCUCUGUAUAUAAAUGAAAGCAAACUAAAAACUUCCGCGAAAUUCUCUCCCUCUCUCUCCGUCUCCGUCUCUUUCUUUGUCUGUGCGCAAACGCUUAUUGCGAGAAUUCCGUUGAGAUUCAGAUCUCAGAGGACAACGAAGGGGAGAGAGAGAGAGAGAGAGAGAGAGGGAGGGAGGAGGAACACGGGACUCGCCUGAUCCAUUUUGGUUCGUGUAAAGCUUGAUCGAGAGAAGAAGAGCUAUAAUCUGAAGAAAUGGCGACCGUGUCCCCUCUCGCCAAGUACAAGCUCGUCUUCCUCGGCGAUCAGUCCGUCGGAAAAACCAGCAUCAUCACCCGCUUCAUGUACGACAAAUUCGACACCACCUACCAGGCUACCAUUGGAAUUGACUUUCUGUCAAAAACGAUGUACCUUGAAGACAGGACGGUUCGAUUGCAGCUUUGGGAUACUGCCGGACAGGAGAGAUUUAGGAGUCUCAUUCCGAGCUACAUAAGAGAUUCUUCUGUCGCAGUCAUUGUUUAUGAUGUAGCGAAUAGGCAAUCUUUUCUCAAUACUUCAAAGUGGAUUGAGGAGGUGCGAACUGAACGAGGAAGUGAUGUGAUAAUUGUCCUUGUUGGAAAUAAAACCGAUCUUGUUGACAAGAGGCAAGUUUCAAUAGAGGAAGGAGAUGCCAAGUCCCGAGAGUCCGGAGUCAUGUUCAUUGAAACUAGUGCAAAAGCUGGAUUUAAUAUUAAGCCUUUGUUCCGCAAGAUUGCAGCUGCUUUGCCUGGGAUGGAGACACUUUCCUCGACGAAACAGGAAGACAUGGUCGACGUGAACCUGAAGCCCACCAACAACUCAUCCAAUUCGGAACAGCAAGGAGGUGGUUGUCCAUGUUAAGAGAUUUUUUUCUGGUGGGGGGGAAACAAAAGUUCGAAUUGUCCAUUUUGCGAAAGACAGAAGGUAUAUUAGAUGUUUCUGAAUAUGCACAGAUGCUUGCUCAUCUACACAAUAGGUCCUCUGUGUCUUUUGAAAAAUAUUACCUUUUUUUAUGUUGGACUCAAUCUAAUUGUAUUUACAGCUUUAGAAAUCCCAUAGAACUUCAAGGAAACACUUGUUGGGUGGCUCACUACAAUGCGAUUUUUUGUUUGUGCAAACUAUGUAUAAUUUUUCAGCC